UUAUUUUUAUUUUUAUUCUGUAUGUGUGCUGUGGGGAGCAGCAAGGCCCAAGGGAGACCACUUCGAGCAGGCUUGUGGAUCCCUUACCAUUUAGAGGUGCCAGGUUUUUAAGUGAGCAUUUCACAGCAGGGGAGCUUAAGGAGUAGUCCUAACAGCCUCUGCUUUCAGUCUCCAGUCUCAAGCCUUGAUUGAACCUAUGUGCUCUUUAGCUAAGGUGAUGCUGUGGGCUAGGCUCCUGCUGGAAUGUGGGCCUGCAGCAUUGGCCACGGAACUGUGACAUUUUGUGUACGUCAGAGGCAGGCGGGGCCUAGUUCUGAUUGGCACCCUCUGGCUUCUGUAAGCCUCCAGUAGUCAGGGAAUGUAGCUGGGGAUCUACCCCAGGUUUUGGAGGGACCAUGACGUAGAAGCUGGCCUGUUGAGGCUCAGGUCCUGAGGAGGACGAUAGGCAUGUGAAUGGACAGCCUAGAUGAGGCUUGUGUCUGUCAGAGAGAGGAAUUCCAGGCUCAGGAGACUCUGAGCCCUGGAGCAGAGAGCCUACUUGACUGAAGUGAUUAGAAAUGGGCCACUGAGAAGAAAACAUGGCUUUCAGAGUCUGAUUAGCCUGGGCCUCUAUGCCAGCUCAGUCACUUAAUAGCUCUCAGUUUUGGUAAAUUCCCUAACCUCUCUUGUCUGUUUCUUUGUCUGCAAAAUAGGAAUAGUUCCAUUUCCUUCAAAAUGUGUUGAGGGGUCAAAUUAGGAAAAUACAAAGCAUAAUAGAUUCAUGAUCAAACUGAUAGUCUUGGUUGCUUUGGGGAGGCAAGAGAGAACAUUUCACUCUGUACCCAUUUAUCACUGGGGUUUUGAACCACAUCAAUAGUUACCUGGUUAAAUGUUAAUUUAAUUUAAAACCACACACUGACAGACUCAGCAAAGGUCCAUUUCCUUUCCCUGUUGCCUGGUGACCCAGUUCUCUUGCACAGGCUCAUGAGUACUUGUGUCCUUAUCACACACCCAAGCAUGCCGCAGUAUCUAUCCAGAACACCUUUAAGUCCCUGCCUCUCUUGGUGAAAACCCAGUAGCCAGAGUGAUGGAGAGGCCAGAAGAAUAAGCAGUCAGACAAACAAAGCCCAUGUGCGAGGGCUGAAGUGUCAGAAAUGCCUGCAGCUCAAGCCAUGCAUGGUGUCUCAUACCUGUAAUCCCAACACUUGAGAGACCGAGGCAGGAGGAUGACAAAUUCAAGACCAGCCUUAGCUACAUAGACAAAAUGAGUGCACCAUGCUUGAGGCUCAAGGGACUGUGGGACACAGAGAGGCCUGGAAAGUGAGCUACCUCCCAAACCGAGCCUCAGAGACAGCCCAGCUUGUGGGUGUGGCUUUAGUAUUUAACAGACACACAGAAACAGUAAUACAAGCUGCCCACACUGAUCACGUGGACUCUAUGCCCAGCUCUGUGCCUGAGAUUUUCCUUGCAUUUGAUAGGAUUUUCUUAGUGAUUCCAUGAGUACUGGCAAGUCUACAGGCUCUACUGUUAAUUCUAAGCUAUGGAUGAGAAAACAGAUAAAAAGGUUCCUAUUGCAGUCUCUGGAAGAUCUGGACACAAGCUUAAGAAAGCUGAACUCCCGUCUGUUUGUAGUCCGGGGACAGCCAGCUGAUGUGUUUCCAAGGCUCUUCAAGGAAUGGGGGGUGACCCGCUUGACCUUUGAAUAUGACUCUGAACCCUUUGGGAAAGAACGAGAUGCGGCCAUUAUGAAGAUGGCCAAAGAGGCUGGUGUCGAGGUGGUGACUGAGAACUCUCAUACCCUCUAUGACCUGGACAGAAUCAUCGAACUGAAUGGGCAGAAACCACCCCUUACCUACAAGCGCUUUCAGGCCAUCAUCAGCCGCAUGGAGCUGCCCAAGAAGCCAGUGGGCGCUGUGACCAGCCAGCAGAUGGAGAACUGCAGGGCUGAGAUCCAGGAGAACCAUGAUGACACCUAUGGCGUGCCUUCCCUAGAGGAGCUGGGGUUCCCCACAGAGGGACUUGGCCCAGCUGUCUGGCAAGGAGGAGAGACAGAAGCUCUGGCCCGCCUGGAUAAGCACUUGGAACGGAAGGCCUGGGUGGCCAACUAUGAGAGACCUCGGAUGAACGCCAAUUCCUUGCUGGCCAGCCCCACAGGCCUCAGCCCCUACCUGCGCUUCGGAUGCCUCUCCUGCCGCCUCUUCUACUACCGCCUCUGGGACUUGUAUAAGAAGGUGAAGAGGAACAGCACACCCCCCCUCUCCUUGUUUGGACAACUCCUGUGGCGAGAGUUCUUCUACACAGCGGCCACCAACAACCCCAGGUUUGACCGGAUGGAGGGGAACCCCAUCUGCAUCCAGAUCCCCUGGGACCGCAACCCUGAAGCCCUGGCCAAGUGGGCUGAGGGCAAGACGGGCUUCCCUUGGAUUGACGCCAUCAUGACCCAACUGAGGCAGGAGGGCUGGAUCCACCACCUGGCCAGGCAUGCUGUGGCCUGCUUCCUCACCCGCGGGGACCUCUGGGUCAGCUGGGAGAGCGGGGUCCGGGUAUUUGAUGAGCUGCUCCUGGAUGCAGAUUUCAGCGUGAACGCGGGCAGCUGGAUGUGGCUGUCCUGCAGUGCUUUCUUCCAACAGUUCUUCCACUGCUACUGCCCCGUGGGCUUCGGCCGCCGCACAGACCCAAGUGGGGACUACAUUCGGCGAUACCUGCCCAAAUUGAAAGGAUUCCCCUCUCGCUACAUCUAUGAGCCCUGGAAUGCCCCUGAGUCGGUUCAGAAGGCCGCCAAGUGCAUCAUUGGCGUGGACUACCCUCGGCCCAUCGUCAACCAUGCUGAGACUAGUCGGCUCAACAUUGAGCGCAUGAAGCAGAUCUACCAGCAGCUGUCACGAUACCGGGGACUCUGUCUUCUGGCAUCUGUCCCUUCCUGUGUGGAAGACCUCAGUCACCCUGUGGCAGAGCCCAGCUCUAGCCAGGCUGGGAGCAUCAGCAACAUGAGCUCCAAACCGCCGUGCAGUGGCCCAGCUUCCCCGAAACGCAAGCUAGAAGCAGCUGAGGAGCCUCCCGGGGAAGAACUGAGCAAGCGGGCUAGGGUGACAGAGAUGCCUGCCCAAGAGCCAUCGAGCAAGGAUGCCUGAGACUGGAGAGUCAUCGCUCCGUGACAAAGCCCGGGUGCCUGAGCUGCCACGGCCUACAGAGAAGCCAGUCACCAACAGACAGCGAACGAGUGUGUGUGUGUGUGUGCAGAGGAAGGCGUGGUGUGCCAUUUGCGUGUGCAUGCAUCUGUUUACACUCUCGUGACCCUGAAUGUUGCCUGGGCUGGAGGAGUCUCUGGAUCAUCCUUGUCACCAGGGCUGCUUCCUCAACUCCAGACACAGGACAAGAAGCCCCAGCAGUGACCUUCAGCCCAAAUCUGUCCCUGGGAGCCCCCUUCCUUGUCCCAGUAGAGCGUGGUGGUAGGACCCUAGCUGGAGUUCUGGUCUCUGCUUCCCCAGACUCCUCUUCCUCCCUCCUCUCUUCAGACAACUGAAGAGAGGGCCACAUGUUUUUACUCUCACCUAAAGUGUGAGGUUCCAGAGGCAGCCAGAGUCCUGCUGGCUUAAUUCCUACUUUUUGACACUAGAACCUAAGCAGGCUGGAGUAGAUGCUUCCCAUUCAGACUUAACCAGCUUGGCCAGUCUUUUAAAAUCCCAUGCCACUGGUGAGCUCUUCCUUCGAUGUCUAAGACUGCAGACUGGUGUGUUGUAUGCUCAGUCCUGCCUAUGCCAGCCUCGGACAGCAUAUCUGUCUUUGUAGGACCUUCUAGAAGCCAAGUGAGGACUAGACUCCAGUCCUCUGUCCCCUCCCUAGCAGCUAGGGGCAAGCCUCAGCCUCCCAGGAGCUGUAGACAGGCCAGGAUCAGAGCUGGUGGAGGAAACCAGGUCCCAUGGCAUAAGAGCCCCUGGUCCUCUGGCCACACUCUCAGGCACAUGCUCCAGCAAGUACUGCUGAUACCCAGGCAGGCAAGCUAGCCAGUCUGCGUUCUGCGGGCUUCCAGGAUCCACCCUGGACUGAUCAGCACCCGUACUGCCGUGUCAGCUCUUUGGGACUGGGCUUCAAGGGACUCAGACAGAGGGACUGAGGUGUGGGGUCCUGCCUGGUGCAGUUGGUGAAAGGUCAAAUAGAAGUCACACCUGGCACACCACCCCUUCCCAGAGAGGCAGUAGAAGGUUUGGUCUAGAGAAGCCAAACCUUGCUUUCCAGGGGAGCUAUCUCUCCUUCCCACUGUUGGGUCAUGUGGAGAAAGAAGUUAUGAAAAGGAUUGUGGGUAACUGAGCAAGUCUUCCUUCCGCCCCUGUGGCCUGCACUUGAGCCACAGUGUAUGUGUGUGGAGUGAGUGCAGGGUGUGUGUGUGUGUGUGUGUGUGUGUGUGUGUGUGUGUGUGUGUGUGUGUGUGUGUUCCUGUUUGGAUUUUUGUUCUCACAUGUAACAUUAAGCUGGCCUUUGGGCCUUUUCCUCUCUACCUCCCCUGUGACCUUUCCUAGCCUCAGAGUUAUUAAUACCCUUGGCCCUGGCCUUCAUGUGUCAGACCAGAACCCUGGGGCCAGGCUCCCCUCUCCUCCAGCUGUCCAGCACAUCUGACAGGCUUCUUUUUGAGAUGGCCUCAGGUUUUCUCAUCAGAGAGCUGCCUUUAGUCCAACUGUUUAUGUCCAUCCUUCUGAUUAGAAACCUCCUAUGACCGUGUGAAGGAACGGCAUGGGUGAUGUGUGUUCCGAACCCUAGGGUUUGACCUUCUGCUCCCCAACCACAGGCCAAGAGGAAAGAGCCAGGCGAUCUUGCUGGAGGGAAAGCAGAGAGAGCCUGGAGAGCUGGUCUGAGAGAAUCAACGGCUAGGUCUGGGUCCAGUAUUUAUUUUGCAACACCUUCAGCUGUGGGGACAAUGCCUUUCUGUGCUUAUUUGAUGAUGGCUCUCUUCCCAAGGCACAAGUUGGCAAGAUCACCUGUCCCUCCACCUCCUUGACAUGCUGGCCCAUUUUCAAGACAGCUUUCCAAUGAAUGAAGCAGUCCAUCCACCCCCAGAGCUACAGGAUGGACUGGCCAGGAGCCCUGGGGUGGCUUCAUGUGUCCUUUUGGCUAGCCUGAGUGGCUCUGAAGGCUGUCACGGAGCAGUGCCCCAUGUCCUGCUCCUGAGACCUAGCAUGGAGAAGAGGUGGUCGCAGGCAAGAAGCACUUUACAGAGCUCCCUAUUGCUGGGAAGGUUGUGUUUCUCCCACAGUAUGUUUGCGAAUGUUACUGUUUUAUAAACGUCUGACCCUGUCUGAGUAAA